AUGAGAGCUUCUUACCACUACAAUCAAGAACAACGAAACCUUGGUUACAAAGAAUCAACACAAGAUGACGAUGACAGAGCUAUAAAAAGAGCUAAUAUGGGUAAAUUAGGUUUUGACUUGGGAUUAGUAGACAUAAAAAACUUGGAGUAUGGAGUAAGAAAUUUGCAAAAGAGUAUUAAAUUAAUUAUAAAAGACUCUCCCGACUUGAAAGAACUCGAUAACUUGAUGAAUUCUAGCUUAUGUGAUAGCUCGAUUAGACGUGAUAUACGCCUGAGCAACUUGAUGAAGUUAGCAGCAAAAUUAAAGACGAAAUACAAAGUUGGCGACUUGAGUAUUUUCGAUUCUAUAGUUAAUAACAAUGUUGCUGUUAAUAGCGAAGAUAUUAUAGAUAGUGCUUUAACAGAUCCACAAUCUGAGAAAGAUGGUGAAAUGCUCCAUGCAAAUGAAGAUGAGAAAGACAUUGAUUCAACAAGUGGAUCAUAUCCUGCAUUACCUAGUAUUAAGAGUCCAGCCUUAUACGACAGAGUGUUUCUUCACAAAUCUAUUGUCAAUAAUUUGUCAUAUCUUGAACAAGCGGAAUCAAUAAAUAAACACAAUGAAAGAUUGGAAUUUUUAGGUGAUUCCAUCUUGAACAAUUUGGUCACGUUUAUUAUUUAUAAGAGAUUCCCGAAUGCAUCAGAAGGAGAGCUUUCUAAAAUACGAUCGCUGCUCGUGAAUAACCAUGUGUUAACAGAAUUCUCGUUAGAGUAUGGUUUUGAUAAAAAAUUGAGGAGUAAUAUCAAUGAAUCAGCAUUAAGACAGGGAAAACAAAAAAUUUAUGCUGAUAUUUUUGAAGCCUACAUAGGGGCAUUAGCCAUGGAACAUGAGAGUGACUACUCAGAGAUAAAGCAAUGGCUACUGUUGCUCAUGGAACCUAAAAUAAAGCUUUUCGAUAAAGAAUUCGAGAACAGAGAACCAGUUAAUAAGGAUGCAAAAUCUGACCUUUAUUCUCAUAUCGGGUCUGCAUUGUUUCAUCCAUCUUAUGAAAUCAUUCAACAUGGAGAUGGCGCAUCAAAAAACUUCGUUAUUGAGUGUAGGAUGGGCGAAGAGACUUUAGGUGAGGGAGAGGCGCCUAGCCAUAAGGAGGCUGGUUUAAGGGCUGCCAUGGCUGCUUUAAAAAAUAAGCCUUUGGUUGAUAAAUACAGUCAAUUCAGACAAACGCUAGACAGAAAUGAAUCAGUAAUCAGCAGUAAAGCUAAAAUCUCUAGUCCUCUUCCUUACCAGCGUAUGGAUAAGCUGAUUGGGAAGCUCAGCAGACCCUCUGAAGCUGAUAUAUUUCCCCUUGAAGCAGAUGACCUGAGCCCUAUCAAUAUAGAGGCCAAAAAUGAGCUUUAUGCUAUCAUAUUUAAAAACUUAGGUGAAUCACCAGAGUACAACACCUUUGACGUGGGAGAUCACAAGAUGAAGACUGAAUUAAAAAUACGUGGUAUAGUUGCUGCCACUGCAACUGAUAGCUCUAAAAAGAAGUCACUGAGUCGAGCUGCAAUGGCAUUGUUAAACAAUAACGAUGGUCUACAUUAUUUUAAAAGUUUAGCUCCCAAGUGA